AUGCCGCACCCUCCAGCCGCAGAGGACCAGCCCAGGGAACCGAACGACUUCUCCCAACUCCAGGUCGAUUACGUCAUCGUCUUCUCCCUGUCGCCACUCCCCCAUCAGCCCAAACUCAGGAAACAGGCCAUCGACGACCGGGCGAGGCACAGGAGCCAGCUCCUGGAGGAGUACCAGCUGCUGGUCCAGAGGCUCAAGUCGGCCGGACUCUCAGCAACCAGCCGGCCGGGAUCCAAGGCUUCAAACGAACUGCUCAUCCUCGUCACCGCCCACAACGAGACCAGGAUCAAGGAAGAGAUCCAAGCAGAGAGGAUCGCCGAUUGGUUGCACGGGAUCACCUGUGUCAAGCCUGAAUCAGAUCUGGCCUCCAGCUUCAUCUCCCAGCCACACACGCCCGCCGACCGACUGCGCCAUCUGUACAACAUCAUCACCCGGGAUGUCAAGCCAACCAAGAGCGAAUCGCCCAUCACAGCCCAUCCCCACCGCCCGCUCGUCGGGGUCGGCGCCGGGAUCAUCCCGCGACAGGCCCCCUUCGAGCACGUCCUCUCCAUCUUCCCCCCGCACGACGUCGGCUUCAACAAGACCUGGCUGUCCCAAUGGAGCGACCGCUCCCAUCUGACCAUCCAAAUCCCCGAGAUCGAGCUCGACAGGAUCAAGGAGAUCUACGGCGAAUCGAUCGGAUACUACUUCGCCUUCCUCAACUUCUACUUCCAGGCACUCGUCUUCCCCACCCUCUUAGGCCUCCUCUUCUGGGCUACCGGCAUGGCCUACUCGUCCAUCUACUCCGUCAGCCUCGCCCUCUGGUCCAUCAUCUUCGUCGAGAUGUGGAAGGUUAAGGAGAAGCUCCUCGCCAUCAAAUGGAACGCUUUCAACUGCCACAAAGUCGAAAAGAAGCGCGUCGAAUUCAUCCCCGAACGGAUCAUCACACACCUCGUCACCCACGAGCCGGUCGGCUACUUCCCCUGGUGGAAAAGGGAGUCCAGAAGAUUGGUCACCAUCCCGGUGUUGAUUUUAUUUGCACUGGGGAUCAGUGCGCUCAUCACAGUGAUCACGGCGGUCGAGCUCGUGGUGGCGGAAGUCUACACGGGCCCUUUCAAAAAAGCAUUAGCGUUAUUGCCAACAGUGUUGUUUGCGGCAUCGGUGCCCCAAUUGGUGGGACUGUGGCAAUCGACGGCCGUCAAGCUAUCGAACUGGGAGAACCAUUCCUACAACUCCUCCUACGAUCGCUCGCUGACGCACAAAGUCUUCACGGUGCAUGGGUUAGUGGCCUAUGCGGGGCUGGUGUUGACGGCAUUUAUCUAUGUGCCGUUCGGCACGAUCCUAGUCCCGCAUCUAGCCGGGCUAGCGCACCGAUUCAUGAAGCAAGAGACGAUCCGACUGGAGGGCUCGGCGGAGAAGUAUCUGAACACGCGCGCGCUGGACUUCUCGACCUACUCGAUCAACACCGCCCGGCUCUAUGAGCAGCUGUUCGCAUACCAGGUCACCAACCAGCUCCUCGACACCUUCUCCGAGGUCGGCCUGCCCUACCUCCUCAAACUCCUCUCCUUCAGAUGGAACAAACUCCGCACCGACCGCCAGGUCAAACGUAGUCUCUCCAAUAACUCCGCCCCACCCGCCUCCAAUUCGCCGACCGACGCACCUGAUGAACACGAGUUGUUGGAACGGCUGAGAGAAGAGGCUAAGCUUCCUGAAUAUCGGCUCUUUGUCGAAUACGCAGAGAUGGCAAUUCAGUUUGGGUAUGUAGUGUUAUGGACAGUAGUCUGGCCGAUCUCGCCUCUGUUUUCGUUUGUGAACAAUUUCUUCGAGUUGCGGACGGAUGCGAUCAAGCUAACGAAGCACAGUCGGCGGCCGAUCCCGACGCGAUGUGACUCGAUCGGUCCGUGGCUAGAAGUGCUGAGCACGUUGACGUGGCUAGGGGUGAUAGUGAAUGCGCUAUUGGUGCAUCUGUUCCAACCGAGCGCGAGGCCUGUAGGAGGGAAAGUAGUCUUACACGACGAGGGAACGGCUCGGGGUCCGAAGACGAUCGUAGCAGACCUGUUUACGGCGGCGAUAGUGGAGACGAAGCAGGGGCAGGCGGGAGACUGUGGAGGCGAUGCGACGACGGUGUACGACCGGCUGGCCGCUGUGCUGUUGCAGACCCUGGUGCCCAUGCUGGUCGCCGAACACGGCUUCUUCCUCAUGCGCUUCUUCAUCCGCGAGGCCGUCCUCAGACUCCAGUGGAAAGACAGCCCCGCGGCGCUCAAACAGAUGCGCGCAGACUGGGACCUCAAGCAGUCCUUCGUCGACAGACUCGACCCCAACCCUCCUCACCCCCCUGCUGACGAGUACUUCCUCAGAUCCGCCAAUCCUAUCGACAAGGAUCACCCCGAUCUGCCCUUCUGGACCAGAGACGAUCCCGCGAUCAGCGAGAUUAACUCCCUCCUCAAAACCGAGUAA